GUAUAUAAAUGACCGGGACGGAGGGAGUAAGAAACAGGCCAGAUCAAACAGAGAAAGACUCAAGUCGUACUCCGAUCAAAAAUCAGGGAAUUAUAGAUGUUGGAAACUCAUAUGCCCGUGUCGCGUUUUCGAUUAAGAGUUGUGAUUUUAAUUCAAUAACGUCGUGCAGUUAUAACAUUAUGCAUCGGGUUGUGAACAAAGUCUCGAGGACUGCAUUGUCUUGGGUGGGGAAUUUUUCAGGCAGUGCUUCGUGUUCUUCAAUUUUUAUGAAGAAUUGUUGCGCUUGUUCUUUGUUGCCUGUUGAUCUUCAGAAUGUCAGAAAGCGUGGUAUUCCAGGUGAUUUUGUGAAGUGGGGUUUAGCUGGUUCGUGUAGGAAUUCAAGUUUUGCCACUGGGUUUACACCACUGAAAGCAAAAUCGUUGGGCUCAAUUAUUGACAUUGGAAGGGUAGAGCAUCAAUCGCCUGAGGAUCUUGCCGAUAUUUGGGAUGAUUAUCACUUGGGAAGAGGUCACAUCGGUGCUUCUAUGAAAGCGAGCCUAUAUCAUCUGUUAGAGCAAAGAGCGGCUGACUGCCGAUAUUUUGUCAUGCCGUUGUGGAAAGGAAGUGGCUAUACAACAAUGUUUGCACAAGUGCAGAUGCCGUACAUGAUUUUCACUGGUCUUGAAGAUUACAAGGCUAGGGGAACUCAAGCUGCUCCUUACUUCACAGCUUCCUAUUACACUGAAUUUGCAGCGACCAAGGACUUGGUUCUUAUACGUGGGGAUGUUGUAUUCGCUAGUAAGCUUACUGACACAGAGGCAAAGUGGCUUUUGGAGACGACUCAAUCUUUUUACCUUAAUGACAAGAGGUACAAGUUGAUCGAGAGGUUUAACAAAGAAACGCGUGAAUUUGAGUUUAAAGAAGUUUUACAAGCAUUAGAUAUACCAUCCAUAUAGUUCUCUUUUAAGAAAUCUUGCUCAAGCAAUUUAGAAAGAAAAGGAUUUGAUGCGUAAAAAGAUAGCUGCUAUGUCUGAUCCACAGGGGAGAUCUAUAUAAUAGUUGGUCAAGAUCUCGAGUUAGAUUAUGUCAGUUGAAUGCACAAAAUGUACUAAGAAUAUUGUGCUGGCAAAUUUGCGAGUUAGAGCUUUAUAUUUCGUCAUGUAGAGGCAGUACUGCAAAAUAAUUAUUGUUGCUUCCACCAGAACCUGCGGGUUGCAAUAUCUGGUAGAAGGUUGUAGCCAUAUCAAUUCUGAUAAUAUAAAAGGAUACACUGUUUGUAAUGAAAUCCUCUUUCAUUUUU